UCAGCGGCGCGCCCACCCCGUUGUCUCACUUCGCCUACACAGAUGGAUCCCCCCACAACAUGCGUGCUGGCUCGUAUAAUUUUGCAACGCUAAGAGGCUAAUGGUCCUUGAUCGCGAUGAAACGCGCAGCAUUAGUGGAUAUAAGCACAACGGCGACAGAAAUACUUGGUGUCGAUCCGCUCACUGGAACUAUAUGGCUUGUCACUGGCACAUCUUCAGGUCUAGGGAAAUGCCUUGUCACUUCCGUUCUCAGCCGAGGUGACUGCGUGGUCGCAACAGUGCGAAAACCAAGCAGCCUCGACGAUCUCGCGUUGACGGAGGAGCAGAAGGGCCGACUCCGAGUACUGAUUCUGGACAUCACCGACUCCGAAGAGAACAUCCGCAAGCUCAUCGGUGAGGCUUGGGUGGUCUGGGGGCGUGUUGACAUCUUAGUGAACAACGCUGGUCGCGCUUCGACUAAGGCCCUAAUGGAGGAGGGCGGAUUAGAACUCAUGAGAGCGGAAUACGAGACCAAUGUGUUUGGCACGAUGAAGGUCACAAACGCCGUCCUGCCACACAUGCGCCAACGGAAGUCGGGGCUCAUCGUGUUUCUGGGAAGCCGGGUCGUCUGGCAGGCUAACACACCCGUCGCAUCGUCUUAUAUUUCUUCCAAGGCAGCUAUACAUGGUACGUCGCCCUCUGCGUUUUCUACACCGGCACAGGACCGGACAACGAAUUCUUCCAGCCAUCAGUGAAACGCUUGCUGCCGAGGUCGCGCAAUUCGGCAUCCGCGUUCUCCUCGCGAUCCCGGGCGGCUUCCGGACGAGCCAGCUGGAUGGGGACUACACGAUGAACCACCACGUCUCCGACUAUGAUGGGUUUCGCGAAGAGAUACUCAACGCGAUGCAGGAGCGCUGGAAGCAGGCCCAGGGUGAUCCGGCGAAGGCGAUGGAGGUCCUUGUGGACGCCAUCAAGGGAGAGGGCAAGGCGGAGGGGAUGGCGACGCCGUCGUGGCUCCUCAUAGGGAAGCCGACGUUCACGCAGGC